GAUUCACCUGCACUCCGAAAGGAGGGACGAAGGGAGAAGGUUUUUACCAAAAAACCUUGCUCUGGAGAAAAAGAAACAGCUGAGAUGAAAGUCCAAUAGCACAUCUUUUUCUUCCCCUCACUUCUUCAAACCUGUCUCCGACGGGAAACUUCAGCAGAUCUUCUCACAGCGCUCCGCUUUACAACUUUUCACCCGGAGGGACGCUGACGGCUCGCCGCAGCAGCGACAGACCACGAUGUACCGCUCAACCAAAGGGGCGUCCAAGGCGCGACGGGACCAGAUCAACGCGGAGAUCCGAAACCUGAAGGACUUGUUGCCCAUCUCUGAUGCAGACAAAGCGCGUCUCUCGUAUCUGCACAUCAUGUCCCUGGCCUGCAUGUACACCAGGAAGUCCGUCUUCUUCACUCAAGAAGCGGGAUCUGCUGGCGGUGACGAGGAGAGCGCUGCGUUUCUGUCUUUCCACGAGCUUUCGGAGCUGAUGCAGGCGAUGCCGGGCUUCCUGAUGCUGCUUACCGGAGAAGGGAAGCUGCUCUACCUGUCUGACAGCGUCUCCGAGCAUCUCGGACACUCCAUGGUGGAUCUUGUGGCACAAGGUGACAGCGUUUAUGAUAUAAUCGACACUGCAGAUCACUUCAUCAUGAGGACCAACCUGUCUGCUUCUCCAUCACUUGAGAUGGACCGUCUCUUUCGCUGCCGUUUCAACACCUCCAAGUCGGUGCGGAGGCAGAGUGCCGGAAAUAAGCUGGUUCUGAUCCGUGCUCACUGCGUCGCUCCACCCUCUGCCGCCCCCGCCGCCAGCUCCUACUGGACCUCCAACCCGGUGUGGGUGUGUUUCUGCACCCCGCUGGAGCCCCAGCCCACUCGCUCCGGGUCGGGGCCAGACAGGGACGUGACCUCUGCCCCCCCGCUGGCCGAGACCAACCUGUUUCUGGCGUGUUUCCACUCCCAGCACGGCAGAGACAUGAGGCUCCAGGCGGCACAGGACAGCAUGACUGUAUAUCUGGGCUACGAUGUGACAGCUUUACGCUCCCGCUCCUGGUACGGCCUCCUCCACCCACAGGAUCUGUCACACGCCUCUGCUCAGCACCGCAGCCUGUUGAGGGAAGGUGGAGAGGGCAGAGCUGAGAUGGUGGUUCGUGUUCAGGCUCACGAUCUGUCCUGGGUUUGGCUCUACAUGGUGCUUCAGCUGCAGCACGGAGACAUUCCCAUCAGCAGCAACAACUACAUCAUCAGUGACUCUGAAGCCUGGUCGGUGCGCCAGCAGCUCAGCUCCGAGCAGACCCAGCUGACCCUGGUUCUGAGCGCUGGCCUGUCUCAGCCAGAGGGCCUGAGCCUGCAGUCACCGGAGACCCUGUCCAGUCCAGACCAGGUUUUCACGCCCGGUAGCAGCGGUCUGUCCGCCCAGUCCUUCGACUUCAGCACGGCCGGCUGCAGCGUCGGCUCCUCGGACGAGCCGGGCAGUUCCAUCGCCGAGCCCAUGCAGCUGGAGGGAGACCCUCGCUCCAGCAUCUCCUCUAUGGAGGAGGACAGCUUCUUCCAGCCACCGCCCACAGAAACCCUCUCCGCCGCGUCUUCGCCGACUCCCGUCACGGUGGAGACAGUAGCAGAUUUGGACUUUUUGACCCAGAACAUUCUCCUGCCUCCGUCCUUCCAACUCGACCCUCCGCUGCCGCUGCCCACCUCUCAGGCUCAGCAGACCAAAGAGUUUGUGUGCACCCCGCCGUACACGCCGCAGGUCGGAGGAACCAGUUUCCAGUUCAACGAGCCGCUAUUCAGCUUCGACCCCUCUGGCACCACAACGCCUCCUCCCUCUGCUACGACUGCCACCUCCUCCACCUCGCUGGCGUCCUCCACCUCCUCCACAGCACCGCCCACUACAAACCCCAACCCUGCUCCACCCACCACUCUCUCCACCAAACUGCCCCUGGCUUUGCCCGCCCUCUCCACCGACCUGCUGUUCUCCGUUGAGACAUGCAGCGGCGCCCUGUACGAGAAGCUGCCCCCCACGCCCGACAGUCCAGGAGACGGAGAUUGCACGGUGAUGACUCUACCAGAGGUCCGCGGGCCGCUUUACGUUGACGUGCCGCUCGGGCCCCUCCACUGUCCCCCCGAAGGCCUGCUGACCCCUGAGGCGUCACCCGGCAAACAGCCUUGCCUCACCUUCUUCUCCUUGGAGCGGGAAAAGGAACGGGCGGAAAUUUCCCUCCUGGCUCAACACAUCAGCUCCCUGGCUGAGGGUUUCUACCUGGAUCCUCUUUUGUCCAAACUAUCCCCCUCCUCCUCGCCUCCGUCGCCCUUUCUGUCCCCGGCUAUUGAAGCGGCAGAUCCAGUCCACAUGCUAAGGGAGUUUUAUCCCGUAAAAACGUGGAGAGGUCUGGACAUCCCCAUCUUCCUCGACGACGAUGACUCUCUGUUUGAAGAGAACAUCCUAGAAACGCUCCUGCAAGACGACUUCGUUCCCAACCUCUCUGCCCCCUCCAGCCCCACCUCUCCGCACACCCCAGUGUGUUGGCACCAACCCUCCCAGUUUGAGGGAGCGGGCCACAUCUGUAGCGUCCAAUCGGCGCAAUGUAACUCCGUGGCCGGACGCGGGGCGAGCGUGGCGACGACGGACGGGGAGGGGCUGGCGGAGGAAGCGAUGGAGAUGGAGGUGGAGGUGGCGUCGUCUCCCGUGUCGUCUUGCUCCUCCAUCCCGGCUUCCCCUCCCCUCAGCCUCAUUGCCUCCCCGAGCCCUGCCGCCGCCAUGCCCGUCGCCUCGCCCACACCCGCCAUGUCUUGCACUCAGUCCCUCCUGGAGGAACUGGCCGUCCUGGAACCCAUGUUUGGGGCAGGUGCCUCGAUCGCCCCUGGCUUAGGGCAACAACCUGAGUUGUAUCAACUCCAAUGUCAUCCAUCGCCACAGUGCUUCCACAAAGAUGGGAGUGGAAGUGUUCCUCCGUUCUAAAAUAAGUCUGUGACUUACUUCAUUAAGUAUGGCAUAUUGUCAUAUUUUGUGGAGACCCUUUUACUGAAAAGUAAAAAACA